AAAAAUUCAAAUAAUUUUUUUUGUGACAGUCAAAAUUAAAGUAUCAUAUAUUUUUAAAAAUAUUUAAUUAACCGAAUUGUAUGCAAGUAUAGACUUGCAGUUUUUCAAACCGGUUCCACUGUCGCUCAAAAUAAAAAAGGAUUUAUAAUAAUAAAUUAAUGAUAAACUUUGUAAAAAUUUAUAUCAAAAGGUUUUGAUUUUUAAAAAAUGAGUUCUCGAUUUUUUCGUGACGAUGGUCGACAUUUCAAGAAUGAAUUCGAAGAUUAUUCACCAACGACUGCAGAUAGUAUUGUUGAUAUUAAUAAAAAUGAUAUUCAUGAUGAGUUCAAAGAAACAUUAAAAGAAAAAAUAAUUAUAAUGUUAAAUCAUUUGAAUAACAAUAAAAAACAAUGGAUCAAUCAAGAUGAUUCUUCAAUUUAUACCGGGAACACUGGAAUUGCAUAUCUGUAUUAUUUUUACGGUACAAGAUUUAAUGAGGAGACUUACAUAAAAAGAGCUUUAGAAUUAAUCGACAGACAAGGUAGCUCUAGAAGCAAACGGGACAUAACAUUUUUAAUUGGCGAAGCUGGAAGAUUAGCACUCGGUGCUGUUAUUUUUAAGUCACUAAAUGAUGAAGCGCAGUCUGAAUCCAUGAUUACAAAAUUGCUUGCGUUGUUUAAUAAUGCAACGAAAAGUUCAUACGACGAAUUAUUGUACGGACGUGCUGGUUAUCUCUACGCGCUUCUCUUUGUCAACAAACAUAUUCCCAAUUCAAUUGACGAUGACGUAAUAAAGAAAAUUAUUUAUUGCAUGUUGACAACUGGCAAAGAUUACGCUAAGUCGCGCAAAUAUAGUACGCCUUUAAUGUACAUUUGGCAUGACUCGGAAUAUCUUGGUGGUGCCCAUGGUCUUGCAGGAAUUCUUUACAUACUUUUACAAGCACGACAAUAUUUAACACACGAACAAUUAAAAAAUGACAUUGAACCGUCAAUUGAUUAUUUAGUCUCAUUAAAGUAUCCUACUGGAAAUUUUCCCUCAUCCGUUGGUGGCAGUUCAGACAAACUUGUUCACUGGUGUCAUGGAGCUCCAUCCAUGACGAUGCUCUUUGCUUUAGCUCACGAGAUUUUUGGUCGCCAAGAUUACCUAGAAAUAGCUAAAGAUUGCGGCGAAGUUGUUUGGUGUCGGGGAUUAUUGAAAAAAGGCAGUGGAAUUUGCCACGGUGUGUCAGGAAAUGCUUACACAUUUUUAUGUCUUUAUCAAAAGACGAAGGAAUUGAAACAUCUUUAUCGUGCUUGUAAGUUUGCUGAGUGGUGUUUCGAUUACGAAAAACAUCAAGCUCGUAUUCCCGAUCGUCCGUACUCGUUAUUUGAAGGUCUCGCUGGAAUUAUUUACUACUUAAUUGAUCUCACUGUUCCAUCGUCAGCUAAAUUUCCUGGUUACGAUCUCUAAAAUAAUAAU